GGAGGUCUGGGCGCGUCGACUGGAGGCCUAGGUGCGGCCCCGACCUUCCUCGAUCCGCCAGCGCCGGGGGGACUGGACCUGAACUCCGAGGCGGCGGCACUGUCGGAGUAUCAACAUGUUCUGCAGCCCCAGGAGGCCCCUCCCCGUCGACGCAGUGGCAAGCAUGUGGUGGCCACGGCUGGACGCGGUCGAGGUGCGGGCCGAGGCGCAGGUGGCCGACGAACCUCAUCUAGCGCCGGCAUGCCUCCUCGUCCAGCAAGGUCAGGGGCUGGUCGCGGUGGUGGUGUAGUCAAGCGCGGCAGGUCCCUGACCAAUGCCGCAAGCGCUCAGACUGGAGGCCACAUUGACCUGGACGACGAUGAGGAAGGCUUCUACUGUACCAACUUCAACAUGCUCCAGAACUCCGACGAGGAAGAAGACGACUCGGAUGAGCAAUGGAUGGCUGCCACCAUGGAUCAGUGGGCAGAGGAGGACGAAGAAGAGGAGGAACAAGAAGCUGCAGCAACAGAGAGGAGGAAGAACAUAAUAUUCGGCGCUGCACAAAUCAUUGGUACGUACCACCUUGAGAACAUGGGAAAUAAAAAUAUGUAUCGCCAACCUAAAGAAACUGGAUAUGAGUGGGUCAUGAGGACAUUACAACAUAGGACACAAUGUUUCAACAUGUUUAGAAUGGAUAGAGAGGUGUUUGACAGCCUACACAAUUUGCUAGUAGAGUCAUAUGGAUUGAAGUCUACUAGGAGGAUGACAUCUGUGGAAUCUUUAGCCAUGUUCUUAUGGAAGGUUGGUGCUCCCCAAUCUAUGCGGCAGGCUGAAAAUCGUUUUGUUCGAUCAAUGGAGACACUUCAUAGGAAGUUUGAUAAAGUCUUGGAAUGUUUGGUUAAGUUGGCAGGAGACAUAAUUCAUCCACUAGAUCCACAGUUUAGGACACCUCAUCCAAGAGUUCAAAAUCCAAUGUUUGCUCCGUUCUUCGACAAUUGCAUUGGAGCCAUUGAUGGAACACAUAUAGAGGUGGUUGUGCCAAAGACAGACCUCAUCACACACAUGAACCGAAAAUCAACUACUACUCAGAAUGUGCUAGCAAUUUGUGAUUUUGACUUGAGAUUCACCUUCGUCGUUACUGGGUGGCCUGGGUCAGUUCAUGACAUGAGGGUGUUCAAGCCAGCACUAGACAAAUUUGGCAGCCACUUCCCACAUCCUCCCCAAGGGAAGUUUUAUGUGGUGGACUCGGGAUUCUCUAACCAACCUGGUUAUCUUGCACCGUACAAAGGAACGAAGUACCAUUUUCAAGAGUACAAUCAAGGUCCACCGCCAAGAGGUAAAAAACAAACAUUUAAUCAUAGACAUUCCCAAAUUCGCAAUGCAAUAGAGCGAUGCUUUGGAGUACUGAAGAACAAGUGGAGGAUUUUGUUGCACAUGCCCUCUUAUCCACCACCAAAGCAAAGUAAAAUUAUUUCAUCAUGCAUGGCUUUACACAAUUUCAUUAGAGAGAGUAAAUUGGAGGAUAGAGAUUUUGGAGAGUGUGAUGAUGAUGAGGAGUUCAUUCCAAUGGUGGAUGAGCCUAGUCGCCUACGACGCCGACGCCAACGACGAAGCCGUGCAACUCAAUCUCAGGGGCAAAACUCGCGUGAUGAUCAUAACAUGAACGUUUUUCGUGAUUGGAUAGCGGAAGGACUGCAUAGUAGGCAGUAAUUGGUAUUUGUUCUAGUGUCGAACAAUGUAAUUUGUAUUUGUAUGCAUAUUUGAAAUGGAUUUGUAUUUG